CAACUUAAAAUUUCUAUCCUUUAUUGUUUUAGGUAAUAAUAUAAGGCUUUGUAUUUAACAUAUCUAUAAUUUGCAAGACUACUUUAAAAUCGUAGCCCUGUCCACGUAGGUGGUAAAACUUUUGUUUUUACGAAGAAAUCUGUGUCUAAUGGCGGCAGACGAUAACGAAUCUCGUUCUGUCCUCCUCAAUGCAGAUUCCAGUAAAAAGAAAAAGCUUCCUCUCAAAAGCUCAAGCCCUUCAAAAUCCCCAGAAAGAUGCCCGAUAUGUUUAUCUCCUCCAGAAAACAAAGCAAUAACAGACACAUGUUUCCACGCAUUCUGCUUUAGCUGCUUAAAGGAAUGGUCGAAAGUAAAAGUAGAAUGCCCACUCUGUAAAAGCAAAUUCAGACACAUCAUAUACAAUGUAGUAGCUGAUGAUGAUUAUGAUGAAUUCCUUGUCCCGGUUCCCUUAGAAAAUGAUAACGAACCACAUGAAAGGUUAUACCACAGACUCAGCCACUGGUCAAGUACUGAACCCUCAUUUGGUUUCAGCAAUUGGAUGCUAUCCCAUAUGCAGGAAUGGCGAGAGCAAAUACAGUUGCGUCAAGAGAACACUAGAGCAGCAACUAUGGCUUGCACAGAUGUUGAAUUAAUACGUAGACGUCGUCAGCAUUAUCGUAAUGGGACAAUGGUAGUACAUGUAGAUAAUAAUAAACAAGUGAGAGACAUCAGUACGACAUUUUAUCAAGACAACCCUGCACAGUUACAUAGACUUGUCCCGUGGCUUAAGCGGGAAUUGGUAAUUCUGUUUGGAGCAAACAGUGUAUACUUGGUGAACUGUCUUUGUGAUACUAUACUUGGAUCAAUUCGUUCUGUUGGUAUUACCUCUUCCGAGUUUUACGCGCUUAUUCAACCAUAUUUUGGUGAAAUGACGGAUCACUUUAUUAAUGAGCUUAUAUCGUAUGCAAAGUCGCCCCAUGAUUUAUCAUCAUACGACAGACAUGCUCACUACGCGUGCAGAAAUCAGUCACACAACCGAAACAAUGCCCCUGAGAGAAGUUUAAGAGAUCAGAGUCUGAUGUACUCACUUACAUACGUAGGUGCAUUACCGCCACCGUUAGCUGACACAGUAAACAAAGUACUUCUCAUAGACCGUCAAAAACAUAGAAAAAAUGCCUCUAAAAGAUAUAACCGGCGUUACCGUAAAUGGAAUUCAGAUUUCAAACCAAGAAAUGUUCCCAAAGAAGUUAUUGUAAUAAAUUCCUCUUCUUCAGAUAAUGAGGAAUCCUCCCAUCCAAGACUUUCUUCCUCCUCUUCUAAACCUGCAUCCUCUCGUAAAAUGAUCCCGAGCAAAUCUUGGAGCAGCUCAGAUGAUGAUGACGUUCAAAUCGUCAGUUUCCAAAAACCUCCGCAUCUAAGGACUCCUGAAGCCAUAAUUGAGCUUAGUUCAAGUUGUAGUGAAACUGACAAGCCUGGUCCUAGCACUUCGUCAAAGAGAAGCGAAAAACCACAAACUCCAAUAAAAAAUGAAUCCUCUGAUUCAAAUUCUGAAGACAGCAGUUCGUUGGCUCCAAGAAUUAAAAGUGUGAUUGUACCUAUAGUUAAAGAGAAGUCCCCAGGCUCUCCUGGAAGUACUUUGAAAAGAAAAAAGCUGCAGAAAGUUCGAUAUUGUAAACUUUACAAAACAGACAGCAAAUCUGAGGACAUAUCCAAGCGCAAAAGACGCCGGAAACAUUCUCGCUCUGGCAUUAGUUCUUCAUCUGCAAUUCAAUCUGACAGUUCAAGUAGCGAUUCAGAACAAGAGCGUUUAAGAAUUUUUGGCCAUUUAUAACAAACUUGGUGUUAUUGCUGUACUUUAACCUAAUGGUUGUUUAUUGUACACUAAAGCUUACAAUUAUUUUUGAGCAUAAUUUUAACAAUAUUUUUGCAUUGUUUGUACUCAUUUAAAAUAUGUUGAACAGUUGAACACAUUCAAAAUUUCUUAAAAUAGAGAAUUUGGUACAUUUUAAUAGUCACACCCAAUUGUAUUGUAGCUGACAUUCUUUUUAUAUUUUAAGACCAGAUUUUACUAUUUUUACCCAAAAAUUGCUAUUUUUUACUUACCUUUUUGGGAUGUCCAAAACCUGUUAUAAUAUUAUCAUGCUUCUGUUUUUCAUAAUUGCCAACUCUUUUCUUGUACCACUAUCGUGGUUUUUUAAAGUUUAAAACAUGAUUAUAAACAUAAAGCAAAUAGUCUUAAUUUGUUAAAAUUGUUACCCACAUUUUAUAUUAACAGUCAGUAUAAAUUUCUUGUCAAAAAUGUUCUGAACUUGUUUUGCA